GUCUUCGAAACGCGUCUAUCUCUCCGCAAAACUCGUCUCAAAACUCUUGUUUUUUACUUCCUCUCUCUCUCUCUCUCGAGUUUAAAAAAAAUUAAUUAUCGUUGCGAAAUAAUUGCCGGGAAAAUUUUUUAGCCGUACGUUCGUCGCGUGUCUCUCCGUGUGCUUGUGUCCCUGUGGCUGUGAUCCGUGCUUUUUUCGUGGGUGCGUUUGUGCGCGCGUGUCUAUCACAAGCGUUCUUUGUGUGUUAGACAAACGCUAAAUUAACUCUAUCGCACGUAUAGAUAUGUAUGUAUAAACCGAGAUACGUAUGUGUGACGAGCCACCGAAGGAUCUCAAGGAUAGAGUCUGCGAGACCGAAGUUGGUCCAAACCGGCGGUUUUUUUCCGCACAACAUUAGUCAAACGAGCAACUCUGUCGAGACUCUGUGACGUGCUGAAAAAAAUCUGUUAUUUUGUUCCCGGCUUUUUUUCUUUGUGUUUCGGUGCGGAAUUUUUCGUUCCUGCUGUUCGUACCGAACGACAUUGGAUUUCUCAACUAUUUUUCAAAGUACAUUCGCUAUAUUUUUUGGAUUUUUUCAAGAUUCAAACUCACCACCAUGGUCGCCGGCACGAAGAUGCUGAAUGUGAGGGUGACGACGAUGGACGCGGAGCUGGAGUUCGCGAUCCAGCAGGCGACCACCGGUAAACAAUUGUUCGAUCAGGUCGUCAAGACCAUUGGACUCAGAGAGGUUUGGUUUUUCGGGCUCCAAUACACCGACAUGAAGGGCGAUCUCACUUGGAUCAAACUUUACAAGAAGCCGGAAAGCGCGAUAACCCGAGUGGUAAAGAAGGAGGUGAAAAAGAAAGUGCGGAAGCUGCGAGGUUGCUCGGACUCGGAUAGCGACGACGACGAGUACGACGAUGACCUGAGUGGACUUUCGUUAUUGUCUAGGGUAAUACCGUGCGGGCGAAGAAAAAUUUGGCAUGUGAUGAACCAGGAAGUCAGAAAGGAAAAUCCACUUCAGUUCAAGUUCCGCGCUAAAUUCUAUCCUGAGGACGUUGCCGACGAACUUAUCCAGGACAUUACUCUUCGUCUUUUCUAUCUUCAGGUAAAAAAUGCGAUUCUUUCGGACGAGAUAUAUUGCCCACCGGAAACGUCGGUGCUGUUGGCCUCUUAUGCAGUACAAGCGCGACACGGCGAUUUCCAAAAGUCGCGACACACCGCCGGUUUCCUUGCGAAUGAUCGUCUCUUGCCUCAGCGUGUUAUGGACCAGCACAAGAUGAGCAAAGAGGAAUGGGAGAGUUCGAUAACAACAUGGUGGCAGGAACAUCGUGGAAUGCUGCAAGAAGACGCGACCAUGGAAUAUCUCAAGAUAGCUCAAGACCUUGAGAUGUACGGCGUCAAUUAUUUCGAGAUCAGAAAUAAAAAGGGCACCGAAUUGUGGCUCGGUGUUGACGCUCUCGGUCUCAAUAUUUACGAGAAGGAAGACAAACUCACACCCAAAAUUGGCUUCCCGUGGUCUGAGAUACGUAACAUAUCGUUCAACGAUAGAAAAUUCAUCAUCAAACCGAUCGACAAGAAGGCACCAGAUUUUGUCUUCUUUGCACCCCGCGUCAAGAUCAACAAGAGAAUAUUGGCACUUUGCAUGGGUAAUCACGAGCUUUACAUGCGUAGACGCAAACCCGACACUAUUGACGUACAGCAAAUGAAGGCUCAAGCUCGAGAUGAAAAACACGCGAAGCAAAAACAACGCGAAAAGCUUCAGCUGGAAAUUGCGGCGAGGGAACGCGCUGAGAAAAAACAUCAAGAGUACGAGGAAAGGCUGCGAACCAUGGCCGAAGAAAUGGACAGGCGGCAAGCCGAGUUGAACGAGGCACAAGAAAUGAUCAGACGUCUUGAGGAACAGCUCAAACAGUUGCAGGCUGCUAAGGAGGAAUUGGAGGGUCGCCAGAAGGAAUUGACUGCGAUGAUGGAAAAAUUGGAACGUUCGCACGAGAUGGAGGCAGCCGAGCGGGCUAAAUUGGAACAAGAAAUCCGAGCCAAGCAGGAGGAAGUAUUGCGCAUUCAAUCGGAAGUGGAAGCUAAGGAUGCAGAAGCCCGACGGUUGCAAGAAGAGGUUGAAGCGGCCAGAAUCCGCCAGGAAGACGCAGAUCGGGCAUUCCAAGCCAACACAACCCCGCGUCAUCAUCACGUUGAGGAAAACGAGGAAGAGGGCGAAGAAGAAGGCGAGGAUGAAGUGCCUCAUAGUGAUGUUACGAAGGAUUUGGCCACGGAUGAAUCGAUCGUCGAUCCUGUUGAGCAACGACGCACCCUUGCCGAACGAAAUGAUCGUCUUUACGAUCAGCUUAAGGCUUUAAAACAAGAUCUUGCACAAUCGCGAGACGAGACGAAAGAAACGACGAUGGACAAAAUUCAUAGGGAAAACGUGCGUCAGGGACGCGACAAGUACAAGACGCUCCGGGAGAUUCGGAAGGGCAACACCAAGCGUCGCGUCGAUCAGUUCGAGAACAUGUAAAUUUUAUUAUCCAAUAUCCUACCAUCGAAGAAAAAAUAGAAAGGAAACAAACGAACCCUCACCCAAAAAUUAAUGAAAAACAAAAAGCAAAAACAACCAUCAACCCGAAUAAACCGACGAACCGGAACCUAAUAGAUAACGAAAACGCAGUCGCUGAGAGGAAUCUGCGAUUAUCCUCUGUCCCGCUCUUGGAUUCUCGUGUGCGUGCGUGCGUGUGUGUGUCUUUGUGUGUACGCGUGUGUGUGUGUGUGUGUGUGUGUGUAUGCGUGCGUGGCUCCGUGGACCUGGAGACACGUGUUGAAUUUUCGUUGAUGCCAAUCUCGAAGCCACACUAAUCAUAAUUAUCGGAGAAAAAGGAAAGAACGAAAAGAAGAAACGCGCUGGUACGAUUUCAAUGUGACGACGUCAAUUUCGUAUAUUUUCGAUUGUUUUUUUUUCGCGUUUUGUAUUAUCAACCGUCCGGAAUCAACGAAAAUUCUCGCGUUCCAUACGUCUUCCUUUGAUUUGCCCAAAACAAAUUAAUAUAUAUAGAUACAUAUAUAUAUAUAUAUACAUUGAAAUAUCCCAGAGCACGUUGCCCUUUAUUAUUUGGUUCUGAAUCUUCAUUGCCAGUUUACUCUCUAUGUUCAUUGCUCGUAGUCCGAAACCUACCAGUUUCCUUGCAUCGUUUUUUUUUCACUAUCAAGAUUGGCAACAAUUUAUUCCAGCAUGUUUGACCAGAAACGAUGUAAUUCGUUGAGAUUGAUGCAUCGUUUUUUUUUUUCACCUUUCAGCCUACGAGAUUUUUUUUAAAAGCAUUUUCCAAUUCCCUCCCCAGAGCCGGCUUGUGUUUUAUUCCUUCUCAUGUUUCAUCGAUCGAACAGGCUACGAGAUCCGUUGAAUUUUAUGUGUAUGUGUUUAGAUAUAUAUACACACACGAAGUAGAGACGAGAGGAAGAGAAAAAAAAAUAACAACGAGCAAUGUAAAAAUUUGUAACGGACGAAGACCGCGGCCGUUCUCUUGCUUUUUUUUAAAUUUUAUGAAACUGCCCAACGAGGCCUAUCCUGAACAAAUGAUGAUUCACAUAUACAUAUAUAUAAAUAUAAGCGUAUAUUUAAAUAUAUAUUACGAAUUAGUGAUGAUUUUAUAUCGAACACACUCGUGGCCUUCUUAGUAGAUUGUAAAGAAGAAAAAAAUGGGGAAGAAAAAAAGAGACGUAUGAAAGGUUCGCGCAUUUUGAAGCGUGUCUCUUUUUUCUUUGUUCUUGGGCUAUUUCUGCAAAAGAUGGUGGUGGCGGCCGCUCAACAAUUGACGAGAAAAUCGUCAGUUCGACGGUUUUGAAGAUGGGCGGGAGGAGGGGAAGGGAAAAUAAAAAAAAAUUGGAUACUUGAGUCGGAAUGAAAGUAAGUGUGGGAGAAAAUGAACGAGGAAAAUAGAGGUAAAUCAAAGAGGUCUGCCUUGUAUUUUUUGUUUGAGAAUCCUCUUAACGUUUAUUUUUAUGUAUGCAUAUAAAAUGUAUCGAAACACGGGGUUAAAAGUAUCUGUUGCCAAUAUCCCUCUUCUCGGCCCAACGGAAACAAUCAAACGGCAGACACUUUUGUUUCCUUUUUCAUCGACGAAAUUGGAAAAAUGUACCAUCGAUCUUUCUCUCGCAGAAUUUUCUACGUUUGAUAUCACAUAUAUUGUCUUAAGUCGGUCAAUUCCUGUCACUUUCUCGACGAUCGAGAUUUUGACACUCAUAUUUUUCGAACUGAAUAAGUCGAGGGGAUAAUGCAAAAAAAAAAUAGGGUGAAAAAGUAAUAGACCGGAUUCAAUUGACAUGGCACAUUUCGGAAAUAAACACACCACCUAUGAAAAGGGAUAAUAGACAUUUUUUGAUCAUAUUUAAUAUUAACGUUCGCAGAUUGGUAGCAUUAUUAAUAUUAUUAUUAUUGUAUUAAUACUAUUACAGUUUAGUAGCGUUAUUAUUAUUAUUAUUAUUAUUAUUAUUAUUAUUAUUAUUAUUAUUAUUAUUAUUAUUAUUAUUAUUAUUACUCAAAUAAUAUUAAACGUGAGCUACAAAAAGGAAAACAAUUUUAUAGUCGCCAAUUUUUAUCCGUAGGCUAAAGUAACGUGCAAGCAAAAACAAAAUGAAAUAGAACUUCUUCAAAGUCCAUGAGAAAUAAAAAAAUAUAUUACAUAUAAAAAUUAUAAAUAAUCGUAAAGUUUUUUCUCUUGUACGAUGGUUCGCAAAAGGAAUUCGACAGGAAUAAUGAAUGCCAGGAACGCUCUCCACACUCGACGUGCUAUAUAUAUAUAUAUAUAUAUAUAUAUAUAUAUAUAUAUUUUUUUCUAUCAAGACGUCGGGACAUUCCAGAUUGAGAGUACGAAAUACUUUUUUUUUGCAAUAUUUUCUUUCGGUGCUUUUAAUUAUGUGUUGGAAAAGGAAAAUGAAAACAAUAGUUUGCUAACGUACUUAAAACUGAAAAUAAGUCAGAGUAAAUUUUGAACGGAAAAAUAAUCGAAAUCGAGCAAACUUUCAUUCUGUUUUACCGGAUUGAAAUUCAAUCGUUCUUGGUAUCAAUUUGGCAAUUUUUUGGUCUGUGUCAAAAAGGUAGGAUGGGUUUCCAAUAUUGUAGGAGAGAACGAAAAAAUUUGAAGAUUUUCGGCUUAUUUCGAUGCGAAUCAAAUUUAGAAUUCACCGGUGUUGAUAAUCUGGUUUGAAACGAAGAUUAUUGAGAGUGAGAGCACUCGACGAAAUAAUUCGGAGUAAGGGUGAAUGAAAAUCGGGAUUAUGGGCCGUAUAAAGAGAAUCUAAUUUCCUAACGUGUUCAAUCGUCCAAAAGUACGUUUAACCAAAAAAUUCUCAGGCUUGACUAUAAAUGAAAUAUGUUCUCGAAAUUCGUCAUUUGGGGGAAAAAAAAUCGUCGCUUUAAGGAAUAUUUGACGAAAGAUUGAAAAUGAUUACGUUACGAGAAUCCGUAGCAGUAUUAUACGACGGAUUGACAAACGACCACUCACUAAACAACAACACAGACAUACUAACGCUCUAAAAUAAACAAAAAAUAUAGAGAGAAUCGUAGUUAUUUGUAUAUUAAAAUGUGGUAAAAGAGACAACAAAGGGGAAAACAAUUUGUUGGUGGGCGAAAUUUAUGAGCGAAUGAAAGAGGUAAAAAAUGACUUGUAAUUUGUCCAGAAAGUUAGAAAUUGUUUAAAUAAAAAUUCAUAUCAACGCA